AUGUGUUCCGCCAACACACACCCGCUCUCUAGAGCUCGCAAGACACAGGCCCUUAUCUCGGUGAUUUCGUGGCCGUGUGCUGUCGCCGCCGUUUUUACGAGUCGCGAGGGCCCUCACGCAUUGAUUCAGCUGGGUAUAAUCACUAUUUCUAGUAUUAUACCUCUACUUAUACUUUCCGGGUAUCGCAAAUUCGGAAGUCAAUCUUAUUCGCUGCUUGAAAUCGCUUUUGAUGGCUUGAUCGCCUUACUCCUAGUCGGGGUAUAUAUUUCCGGAGUGAUCCUCCUUUCCACUCAACAUAUUAGCGAAUGGGAAUCUGUCUGGGACUAUACGCUUGACCGUGGUCUUCCCCAGAUUUACUCUAACCUCUCAUGUAUCAUUCUCGGUCUGUUAUAUUUACGCACCUUUUCUCAAGGCUUCUUCCAUAAAGGUGUCAUGUCGAUGCUCAAGGCCCGAUCGACGGAUGCUCCAAUUACCAACAUUCAGAAUAUGGCCGUGGGCGCGGCGGGCUUUGUCUCGACUGACAGUCCUCGGGGUUUGUACACUGAUGAUGUUGAGUCGCAACUGUUUCCACCCGAGAGCUCCUUAAUCGUGAUGGAUAAUCAGACUACUGGCAUUGUGACAAAGGAGUGA